CCCGGGCCCCCGAGGGCGAUGCCGCUGCCCGACACCAUGUUCUGCGCGCAGCAGAUCCACAUCCCGCCGGAGCUGCCCGACAUCCUGAAGCAGUUCACCAAGGCCGCGAUCCGCACCCAGCCCGCCGACGUGCUGCAGUGGUCCGCGGGGUACUUCGCCGCCUUGUCCAGAGGGGACCCGCUGCCCGUGAAGGAGAGGGUCGAGAUGCCCGUGGCCACGCAGAAGACAGACACGGGGCUGACGCAAGGGCUCCUCAAGACCCUGCACAAGCAGUGUGGCCACAAGCAGUUCGUGAACCUGGAUGACCUGGAGAAGAAAUGGAGAAACCUGUGCCUGCCCAUGGAGAGCUUGAAGGCCAUCCUGGACCUGGACCCCUGCAAGGAGAAGGUCGAGUGGGUCAAAUUCUUGGCGCUGUGCUGCAGCUCGCUCAGUGGGACGCUGAACUCGGCCAUGCAGAACGUGUGUGAGAUCCUCACCACUGACCCGGAGGGCGGCCCGGCCCGAAUCCCCUUCGAGCUCUUCUCGGGCAUCUACCAGUACCUGUGGCGGCUGGAGAGCCCGGGGCCCGAGUCGGACAUGCAGGCCUACCUCGCCUCUCUCCGGACCACCAUAGACUCAAAAAAGGGGGAAACUCUGAUAGGACCCGCGGAUUUCUUCUAUCCGACAAAAAAGCUUUAG